UCUGGCAGCACCGAGACCGGCAGCCGAGACGGGCUGGGCUGGCAGUCACCCACGACCCCCCUUCACUGCUAUGGUAGCCCAUCAGUAGCAGGCUCCAGGCCUCGCGGGACAUGUGGGCAGAGCUGGCGGUAGCCAGGUGCACAGAGCCCGGGGAGCUCUAGGGCACUCGGGGCAGCUCUGCCUGCUGCGCUCUCUGGAGCCUGCGGAGAUGCCCAACUGACAGGAGGGCCAGUGAGGACGGGAACGCUCCCUGUAGCCCAGGCGCGCUGCACCCAUGGCGCUGCCGGCCAGUCUGUUGCCCCUGUGCUGCUUGGCACUCCUGACACUGCCUGCCCAGAGCUGCGGGCCCGGCCGGGGGCCUGUUGGUCGGCGCCGCUAUGGGCGCAAGCAGCCUGUGCCGCUGCUCUACAAGCAAUUUGUGCCUAGCGUGCCCGAGCGGACCCUGGGUGCCAGUGGGCCAGCCGAGGGGAGGGUGGCACGGGGCUCCGAGCGCUUCCGGGACCUCAUACCCAACUACAACCCCGACAUCAUCUUCAAGGACGAGGAGAACAGUGGUGCUGACCGCCUAAUGACGGAGCGCUGCAAGGAGCGCGUGAACGCGCUGGCGAUUGCCGUGAUGAACAUGUGGCCCGGCGUGCGCCUGCGGGUGACGGAAGGCUGGGACGAGGACGGCCACCACGCUCAGGACUCGCUGCACUACGAGGGCCGCGCCCUGGACGUCACCACGUCCGACCGCGACCGCAACAAGUACGGGCUGCUGGCGCGCCUGGCGGUGGAAGCCGGCUUCGACUGGGUCCACUACGAGUCCCGGAACCACGUGCACGUGUCGGUCAAAGCUG